GGAGAGCAGCAGGGGCAUCGAUGCGUUUCUAAAUAGGAUCCCACCAGCCGCUCCGAUGUGGUGCCUGGAGCGGCUGGUGCGGGCCGGGGAAGGACUGGCUCGGGGCCGGGCUCGGCGGGCCGCAGCCUCCUCGUCGUCGUCGUCGUCCUCGUCCUCGUCAUCGUCGGCCAACGUGCUGACCCCAGACCGCAUCCCCGAGUUCUGCAUCCCACCCCGGCUGCGGGGGUCUGGGGGUGGGCGGCGGGUGGAGGUGGGGUCGGGUCCGGGGUGCCCAGAGUGCCCAUCCCGGUGCCCGGGCUCGUCCCGCACGGACUGGGACCCGCGUUCUCAGGCGGCACUGUCGCUGCGGCACCUGGCCCGCGGCCCCACCUCCUACGGCUUCUGCGCGCUGCUCGAGAGCCCCCACACCCGCCGCAAGGAAUCGCUGUUCCUGGGGACGCCAACCUCCAGCUCCAGCCAGGACGACGACGACGACGCCACCCCCGUGUCGACAACGCCAAGGGCACCGCCGCCGCCGCCGCCGUCCUCGUGGUGGGCCCGGCCUUGGGGCCUGAGGGCCUGCCUCGGCCCGGCCCGGCCCCCGCCCUCAGCGACGCCCUGCCGUUCUCGGGGGGGCCGCCGCAGGGAGCUCGGCCUCGCACCCCUAAGACCCCUCCGACUCACCCGCUACUGCACACACCGACCCACCCACCCAAUUGCCCGACUGACGACCGACUGAUGACCCCUCGCCUGAAUGAUGACGACCGCCUGCCUGACUGACUGACGACCGACUUGCCUGACUGAUGGCCACCUGCUCGGUAACAACCACCUGCUUGACUGACUGACAACCACCUGCCUGACCUGCCUGACCGACGACCGACGUGCCUGACUGACAACCACCUGCCCGACUCAACAACUGCCUGCCUGACAGACUGCUGGCCAACUGACUGAUAACCGCCUCCCUGACGACCAACUUGCCUGACUGACGGCCGCCUGCCUGACU